AUGCGGGAGCAGCCGUUGCCGAGCACGGUCUCGGCCUCCGCUUUCCGACGCAGCUGGGAAACCCGUAGGUCUACUGAAAUCCCGCCCAUCCUGGCCAAGGCAGAAACCCCAACGCGGCGGCAAGGAAUAGCCCCGCGCAAAGCGGAAAACGAAGUGCUAGCAACUAGUUUCUGCGACUUGUUGCAGGCAUUUGGUGGCGGCAUUCCUUGCACUAUGGAUUCGCCGCUGGAAGCUUCUCCAGUUGCGCGGGGGUGUGGGGUUGAAUCUGGGUCCUGUUCUGCGGAUUUCCCAGUGGAAGGCUGGCGGCUUGUCGCGGGUGGGGGGAACCGCCCUGGAGAAGUGGCUAAAUGA